GUGCAGAGGAACUGUAAGGGUGUCCUGCACAGGACCAAUGGUUAGCAAACCACCCUGGAAAUGCAGAUAAUAAAUAUGCUUUAGGGUCUCUCAAAAACUAUUGCAUAUUUUCAUUGUGAAAGUGUUGCGCUCGUGGCAGAGAGAUGGCUGUUCAGGCUGCCAUCAUGAACUCGCAGUUCUUGAACUUCUGUUUUCCUGGCUCGGUCAUGGAUUAUGAGGUGGAAAAGGGUUUGGAAGGGGGUCUCCUGGGUGAAAUGGACUGCAUAGGUGACUUCAAGGAGACCACUAGAGACCUGCUUAGCUUCAUCGACUCGGCUUCCAGCAACAUCAAACUUGCACUGGACAAGCCUGUCAAGUCCAAGAGGAAAGUCAACCACCGAAAGUACCUGCAGAAGCAGAUUAAGAGGUGCACGGGAAUAAUCUCGCCAGGGACUGCACCAGUUCAGGAGCCAUGUAAGAGGCAAGGCUCGCCCCAAACCCCAACAAGCAACCUUUCCAGCAAAACGCCACCCAAGAAGGAUGGGAUGCAGGCCAGCCUGCAAAGCAAGAGUCUGGCUGCCCUCUUCAACUCGGCGAAGGAUGUACGAGGAGAGAGGGCCAAGAAGCCCCCGCUGCGGCAUCGAAACCUUCCUCCAUCCUUCUUCACGGAGCCGGCCAACAGCUCCAGAGUUACAUCUACUUCUGGCAUGUCGCUCAAAGACCUGGAGCGAGGGACUCCGGAAGCAGCAGAGUUCUUGGAGCUUCUUGGACCCGACUACAGUAACAUGGUCUCGGAGCAGGAACUAUUCCACACCGCACCUAUCAGGAUUCAACAGGAGGUGACUGUGGGCCCUGAGCCAUAUGACUCCCACCAUUUUGUAAGUGGUGGGUUUUUGUACACUGAACCUUGGGGCACUUGUAGCGGCACCUCCAAAAAGUCAGGAGACAUGCGGACAUUAGCAGUACAGCCAAAUCUUUAUACUCACACAGACCUUUCUGGCAGCGUGCCUGUGGAACAAAACUCGCCGUGUGCACUUACCUUUUCAAACUUCUUCACAGACUGCUCCACACCUCCAGUUUCCUACGAUCUGGUAAACGGAUACAACAGAGGGAGCUUUUCUUCUCUUUAAGCCAGUGAUUUUCUGUUUCUCAGACAUUGGAACAAAAACACAUAUGCAUUUUUUAGUACUGUAUUGACAAAGGAACGCUACCUACAUGUAAUUGCCUUUUUAAUCCUAAAACAUUUGACUCAAAACCAGAUAAGGGUUUCUUGCUUGAUGGGAAAACAUGUAUGCAGCAUCAAAGGUUUACAAUCUUAAGACAGCCUUUACAUCUAAGGAUGAACUUUUCUCCAAUUAUUUAAUGAAAAGAAAAUACAUUUUACACAUAUCUAAUCAUAAAUUAACAAAGCUAUGAAAUUUAUUUUAUUGCUCCCUGUAAAUAAAACUACAAAAACACUCCGGAACUCUUAUCCUUUAUAAUGCAUUGUUUGAUUUAUAAUAUUACGAAACAACAAUUUGUUACAGAGCUGAUCUCAGGGGGUCUGCUUAUUUGUUCACUAAAUUGUCAUAAAUACACAGUGACCACAUUAAGUAUUCAGAUUUAUUUUUCCACGAGAUUACAAAAAUAUUAAAUCUAGCGGCGUCUUUUAUUUUCUCUCUCAUAGCUAACGUCAAUCUGGUCAUUUUUGCAGUCAUUUUUAUCAAAUAGUGUUGCAGUGGCUGUAUAAAGUUCAUCAAGUUCACAGAGCUGUCCCAACAGAGUAACAGGUGUAGUUCAUCUAUAAACAAUAUCCACUAUGAUUUAAGAUGAAGUAUUUACUUUAAACAGUAUAUCAUUUUCCAAUUUCAAAUUUACAUUUUACAAACUAAAUGUAUUUUUUUUGUCAAACAAUUUGAGCGAGUGUGCUUCCUUAAAAAUUACGGCCACUUAACCUGAUAUUUUGUAUUUAAUACCAUGACAUUACGUGCCUUUUAAGUGCAAAAAAGGAAACUCUUUAGGGUCCAGACACAAAACAUAUUAUAUCUUGCAAUAGUGGCAAUCAAGACAAUCUUUCUACAUUUGAAUUUUUAUCACUGUUAAUCCAUAGCUUAUUUUUGUUGCCUGCGUAACAUGCAAUAUUAGGUUUACACAUCUAAAACAAUGACUUGCGGUUCCCUGAAGGUAAAUGACUGAAUGAAUAUACUUUAGAUAUUAAUAGCAUAUUUCAAAACCUUUUAGGUUUGGAUUUUGGAGUUUCUUGGUAUUAUGAAAUAAAUUGAGUGUGUACAGAGUGUACAGAGAAGAAGAAUGAGGUAUAAUUUUGUAAGCUAGAAUGUCAAAUGGUAAUAAUGUGUUAUAUUUGAUUAUAUUUAUAAUCAUAUUCAUCAAAAUGGAUGUACAACAUGAAAGCGGGAACUUUACAGCAUUGUUUUGUACUCGGAAUCAACUGUUAAAAUACACAAAACUAAUGAAUAAUUUUUUAUGUAGUUGUAGUUUUAAAUUAAUUGUAUGUGGGAUGCAUCAGCCAAGAGUAAAAAAUUGUGUUUAUGAUUCAUAUGCUGAAACUAGUGCUUAUGUUCUUCACAAUGUUGGCAGUACAGAAUCAGAAAACACUGUUUGUCUGAAAUUGUCAGGAAAUGGUACUUAAUGUUUAUUGACUAGUAAUAAGCUGCACACCUAAAUAUAUGAACUUACAGGGGCACUGGAUAAAAGUUUUUUUUUGAUUAUGAAGUAUUUGGACAAA